AUGUGUAGAGACAGCAGCAGCAGCGACAGUUGUAGAUGUGUAGAGACAGCAGCAGCAGCGACAGUAGUAACAUUAGAGACAACAGUUACAGCUGAACUAGCGACGGUAGUAGUAGUAGAGACAGCAGCAACGACAGUUGUAGAAGUAGAGACAGCAGCAGCGGCAGUUGUAGAAGUAGAGACAGCAGCAGCGACAGUUGUAGAAGUAGUAGAGACAGCAACAGCGACAGUUGUAGAAGUAGUAGAGACAGCAGCAGCGACAGUUGUAGAAGUAGAGACAGCAGCAGCGACAGUUGUAGAAGUAGAGACAGCAGCAGCGACAGUUGUAGAAGUAGAGACAGCAGCAAUAUUAGAGACAACAACAGAAGUAGCGACAGCAGCAGCGACAGUUGUAGAAGAAGAGACAGUAGAAGUAUUAGAGACAACUACAGAAGUAGUGACAGCAGCCUCGGCUAAGCCAGUAGUACAGGUACCGACAGCAGUAAAAGUAGCGACAGUAAUACACGUACAAGAACUAGAGACAGCAUCAGAUUCGGGAGUAGGAAAGUAG